GGCCCCGACGCCGGCUGAGAGCGGGCGGGUGGACGGGCGGGAGGCUUCCGGCGCCCCGCAGGUAAGCCCGGCGCGGGGGGACUCGGGGGUCCUGGGCGGGCGGCACCUGCCGGCACCUGAGGUGCCGCGGAGCGGGAGGGGCAGCGGAGCCGUCCCCCGCAGGUGAGCGGGUCGGCUCCGUCGGAGCUGCUCUCCCCGCUGUGCGGUUGCUGCUGUUUGCUAAGGGUGGGUAUGAGGACGCGUUGAGGCGAUCUUUUUCUCAGAAAGGGGGGUUUUAAGGACAUGCCGUUCGUCAUAAACGGGAAAAAGAAAUUCUUGGGAGGCAGACGGCUCACGUGGUGGUGUUGAAAUAAUGACAGAAUUGGAGAAGCAGUCCCGGGCUGUAGCAACUGACCUGAGAGUUCAAGCUGAGAUAUACCGUGAUUCCUGGUGAGAACGCAGACUGCAAAGGAACACUGUGAAUCUAUCAGCAGUGGUAAAUACGGGUUUGAGAAACAUGACGUCUUUACCCAUUAUACUGAGACCUUUUUGAUGAUUUCGUGUGAUGUAACCGGGAUAAAUAUAAGGAGUGGUUUUGCAAAGUGGACAGUAAUGGAGUAUAUGAGCACGGGUAGUGAUAGCAAAGAGGAAAUUGACUUGUUGCUAACUAAUUUAAAUAUGUCUGAAGUGAUAGACAUCAUGGAAAACCUUUAUCCAGGUGGAGACCUUGCCGUCUAUGAGGACAGCUUAAUUACGAUGUGUGAAGAGGCAAAUCAAAAUGAAGAACGUGCGGAAUCUUUACUGUUUUGUGAGAGGGAGGUAUCUUUGAUGUCCUCCGUCAAAUAUGGGACUGUGGAAGACCUGCUUGCUUUUGCAAAUCAGGUGUCUAACACUGCAAAACAAUUUAAAGGAUGCAGACAGCAAGAAUCUGGAAUCCUCUUGAAUAUGAUCACUCCCAAGAAUGGCCGCUAUCAGAUUGACUCGGAUGUGCUCCUGUUUCCGUGGAAGCUGACUUACAGGAAUAUUGGCUCUGACUUUAUUCCACGAGGAGCUUUUGGGAAGGUGUACUUGGCCCAAGAUAGAGAAACCAAGAAACGAAUGGCAUGCAAACUGGUGCCAGUGGAACAGUUCAAACCAUCAGAUGUAGAAAUACAGGCAUGUUUCCGUCAUGAAAACAUUGCUGAAUUAUACGGAGCUAUUCUGUGGGAUGAGACCAUCCAUCUCUUCAUGGAAGCUGGGGAGGGAGGAUCUGUCAUGGAGAAGCUGGAGAGCUGUGGGCCUAUGCGGGAAUUUGAAAUAAUUUGGGUGACAAAGCACAUCCUGAAAGGGCUCGACUUUCUCCACUCCAAAAGGAUUAUCCAUCAUGAUAUCAAACCGAGCAACAUUGUGUUUAUGUCAACUAAGGCCGUGUUGGUGGAUUUUGGCCUAAGUGUUCAAAUGACUGAGGACAUUUACUAUCCCAAAGACCUUAGAGGAACAGAGAUCUACAUGAGCCCCGAAGUUAUCCUGUGCCGGGGUCACACAACCAAAGCAGACAUCUACAGCAUGGGAGCUACUAUUAUUCAUAUGCAAACUGGCAUUCCGCCCUGGGUGAACAGAUAUCCUCGUUCUGCAUAUCCAUCCUACCUUUAUAUUAUACACAAACAAGCUCCCCCUUUAGAGGACAUUGCUGAAGACUGUAGCACUUCCAUGAGGGAGUUGUUAGAAGCAGCUCUAGAAAGGAAUCCUAACCAUAGACUGUCUGCAGCAGAGUUAUUGAAACAUGAAGCCUUACACCCACCCCCGGAAGACCAGCCACGUUGCCAGAGUUUGGACUCAGCAUUGUUUGAAAGGAAAAGACUGCUUGCAAGGAAGGAGCUGCAGUUGCCAGAAAACAUUACAGAUUCCUCAUUGUGUACUGGGAGCAUGGAGGAGUCGGACCUGGUAAAGAGGCAAAGAUCACUUUACAUAGACCUUGGAGCUCUUGCUGGUUACUUCAAUAUUGUUAGGGCACCGCCAGCAUUAGAAUAUGACUGACCCAGUAACAUUUUCUAUCAGCAGGUCAGAAAUGGACCUCUACCUCUUAAAACUUGAUUUUAAGACUUGAUUUUCAAAUUUGUACAUACAAAAAAUCGCCAUUGUAGACUGUAAAAUGUGAAUAGUUUAUAAUUGCACAGAUGAUUAAGCUAAACCCUUAGGGGCUCUGAUAAGCUGAUCUCAAGCAAUGCUAUUGGUGCAUCUACUGGCUGACCAACAAGAAGACAACAAAAAGAACACUGCAGGGAAUGUCUUAUUCUGGGGGACCUUCCUGUGCUGGGCCUUACACUUUUGUAAAGCUUAUGUGAUGUGCUUGCAAGUAUUGCCAUAAAAAAAAAAAACAAAGCAUACGGGCCAUAAGAUCUGGUCUGUCUGAGCUGUCCUUAGUGAGAACCUUCCCCCCAAAAGUCUUUGUUCAGUCUUUGAAGCCUGGCCAGUGGUUCUCUGGUCGUUCUCAAUGUAAAUUAGGAGCUUCCUCAAGCUGAGCUAGUUUCUAUCGGAUGUCUCUGGAGUCAAAGCAUCACUUGGUUACAGAUAUGUUUUAGCUUUGUAUCUUCCCUGUCCCCUGCUCCUUGGGCGGUGGGAGUAUCUGGCUGUAUCUGUUAGCUCUGGGAGUGGCACAGUAAGUUGUUCCUGGCUCCACCUGCUUUCAUUGUUGCAACUACUGCAAGGAUAUCUCAGCUACUUUUCAAGGGUAGGGCAAGUGUUAGUUCAUAUUGGUAACAGUGGGCAAUCUCCAGACUUUUGCUUUUUAAUGCUUUAAACUUGUGUAUGAUUGGCGUGAGCGCUACGGUUUGGAAAGCGUGUCAUUAGUGACAAGCUGUGUUUAUGUUCCUAUGGAAAUAGAAUUGUAUUGUUCUUGCUGUGCCUCAUACAUUUGAAACACGAUGUUUUGGAUGAUAGUAAAACUAUGCAAACUGCAUAGUUCUGUACAUCCCAUGGGAUGAGAACGUAAACUUUUAUAAAACUCUUUGAUGCUUAGGAUGACUCUUUUUAAGCAUUUUUGUUAAAAUGGCAUACUAUGUAUGUUGUACACUGAAUCUUUUCUGAAGCACAGUCUCUUUUUCAUACAUCUGUUAUUUAAUGCUGCUCCUUUCUAACAUGUAAUCUUAAACAGAUUAUUUCCAGUUUGAUACUGAUACGGUCAAACGAAUAAAUCCAGCUCAGUGCCUUGA